AUGAAAUAUUUUGUUGAAAACAUAUUAUUUCUAGCCGUUUUUCUUUUUCAACCGCGGCGUCCGCAUGCUAGUGAAAAACUCUGCCCCAUCGGUAACUGCAACGACGCCGGCAAAUGCGCGCUCGACGGCAAUGACAUACAAUGCGCCUGCGUUGCCGACUAUUUCAACGGACCGCGCUGUGAACAGUUCAUGAACCACUGUGAGGCGAACCCUUGCCGCAACGGCGCCACCUGUGAACCGGCGCUGGGGCAAUUCCUAUGCAAAUGUGUAGACACCUGGGGCGGACAGCGCUGCAACAUGAAGAAUAUGCCGACAUUUACGAAAAUGCACUUGCUUUUCAAUCCGGUCGGUGUGUUUGGUGAACGGCAGAACUUUCUGCUCACCGUGGAGACUUUGGGUACAAGAAAUUUCGUGUACGAGGCAUACACUUCAAAUUGUCUUAUCGACACCUUUGAAUCUUAUCCCAAACGGAAAAGUGGCUUUCGAUAUUCGAGGGACUUGAGAGCUGUUGCUCGUUCAUUGGGUUUAUUACACGCUGGGCGUUUGCCAUAUAAAAGCGGUUACUAUCACGAAGGCUACGAGAGUUUCUGGGAAGCGGGUACAUUGAUUAUAACAGUGCGGGUCGCCGAUUUGGAGUCAAAUGCACUAUAUGAGCAGACCUUUGCCUUGUAUAUUAUACAACCGACGGAUGUGCCUUGCAUACCGGACAUUGGUUUCAUGCAUGGCUCUGACCCGCAGGAACCACUCAUGAUAGAUAUAGCGCGCUUCAACGUCUUCAAUGCUAUCAUACACAGGCACUGUGCGCCCAACUCGCGUAUAGAAAUGGAGUGGACUGUGCACAACAGCAUCGGCACAAUUAUAUUGUAUGAAUUCGGCAAUACUGGCAAGAAACAGCUGAAGGUUAAGCCUUACCGUUUAUGGUUCAACUAUCACGGUGCCGUGGCACAGUCCUACAUGGUACGUGCAAAUGUGGAUGAAUACUUUGACGACACGGUUGUGCACAAAAAAGUUCGGUGUUACAUAUUCAUUAUGUCCAAACCAGUUUCGGCUUUUAUCUUAGGCGGCACCAUACGUGAAGUGGGCAUCCGUGAAUCAUUUUAUUUGGAUGGCUCAAAGAGCCGGGAUUUCGGUCUCUCGCCUUUGGUUGAGCAAACAAUGAAGUACAAAUGGAGUUGCGAAUCGAGCGAUGACAGUUCAAAUAACUACUGUGGUCCACAUAUGGGAGCAGGGAGCAUUCUUCAUAUACCAGCCGGCGUACUUCAACUCGGAAAAUCUUAUACAUUUAGCUUUCGAGUUAGCUCAUAUGUCAGCUUAACGCAGCAAGAUGUUGCAAAACAAGUCAUUAAAAUUACAAAUGAGCCCAAGCAUUACGUAUACAUCGUUUGUGUAAGAAAUUGUCAAAUGGGUACGUUUGCCGCCGGACGUAAGGUUCAUCUACGCAUGCGCUGCGUCACCUGCACGGCAGCACCUACGAUUACAUGGGAAGUAACGGGUGGCAGCGGCAUACUUAAGAACGCACAUCGGCUCGGCUUCAUGCCACCGAAUAGCGGAAGCGUCAAAGUUGAGGCAUCGGUGACCAGUGGGGGAAUGAAUGGAAAGGUUAUAGUUGAGCUGAGGCAUAAUGCACCACCUGAGGGUGGACAAUGCAGGGUAGAGCCCAAUAAUGGCGUAGAAUAUGAGACUGAGUUUCAUAUAAAGUGCACAGAUUUUGAGGAUCCCAAUGUGCCGCUCUCGUAUCAAUACAUAGCCGAAACCUUCACCUUCGAUCGCACAAACGAACGGCUAAUGAAUACCAGACUGCCAGUAACGAGCAGCAUUAAAAUUUUGGUUUGCGACUGUCUUUUCGCUUGUACCGAAGCACAAGCAGCUGUGAGCGUGUCCGCCAUGCAAGUGCCGCAAGAUGAAGCGGCACUCAAGUCGCUACUAGCUCGACCGGAAAGUAAUAUAGCCAAACUCUUGCUGGACGGCGACGUUGAGCGCGCCAUGGUGCUAACAGAGGUGUUGACACGAAACAUGCGCACGCUGGCAAUGGGAGAGAUCAUAUUCUAUCAUUUGAGGUGGCUCGAGCUGGAAACACUGCUACGCGUCGAGCAAUUAACAAAAAUAACUAGAAAUUUCUUGGCGCCACUGCAGCCGCUGGACAAUAAACGCGUCACACUUUUCACCAAAUUUCUGCGUAUGAUCGCAAAUGGAUUUUACUUCAUCAUCGUGGACAGGGAGUACCAGGAGCUAUUGCCUGAACCCUAUGAUUUGCUCAACAAUCAAGUAGUAGACAUGAUUGCUGAAUUCUCAGCGAAGCUCGAAGAUAUGCCACCGGUCGUACGAAUCGAACCAGCGAGCAGUGGUUCGGCAAAUCGUCUAAGUGAAAAAUAUGCGCCUCUGCCAGAUUUCGACGAGACGGUGCUAACGCGUAUUGGGCAUUGGUUGGAUGUUAUAUUCGAAGUUUUUCGUUGUCUACAUUUUGUGGGUAUAACAAGCACAGUGAUGCACGAGCCGACGGAUGAUCAUUAUAAAUUGGACAAACCGGGUGUUAAGGUGGACGUUUUCAGUAUAGAGGGUACAAAAAUGUUGAAUUUCGAAACUGAAAAUCGUAAAAUUGAAAUAGUAAUGCCUUCAGCGAUGCUCGCAGAACUCGAACAAACACUGCAAAGUGCACAGUUACAUUUUCAAGUAGUGUCUUUCGAGCGAAACCCGUUUUGGUGGUAUCCCGACACGGAACCGCUCAACACCGGCAUAGUCGCGUUUAGCGUAUACAGCAGCGCCGAUCCCUUGAGAGAAGAGACAAUACUGGAAAAUCCAAUUGAGUUUCGCAUGACAUUAUCCGAUAGCACUACAACGCCGGCACAAAGCACCAAUAUAGUGGAAGGCUAUGUUAAUGACACACUAGAUAUGCCUAUUUACCGCAUUGAGAUGCCGGAAAACAGUGCCGCAAUUGUCAAAUUCUCCGAUCCCACGACUCGACUAUGUGUUAAAUUAAAGUUGUGCACAAAGCCGCGCAGCCAUCAAGUGCGCAACUCCACGGAGAUCGUGCCGGAAAAGAACACAUUUCAUGUGGUGAACAAUAAGGGCGGCAAUGCCUGGGCUUACCUCGCUGUGAUGGCAGCAGAAGAAAUAUCUUCGCCAAAAUCGUUCAAAUUCGAAACUACCAUGCUGAAGUGCCUCAUGUGGGACUUCAAGUUGCAUGACCCCGAAUGGUCGACAGCUGGUUGUGUGCCCAAAUUGAAUUUAGCCGAUGCACAGAACUUGAGUUGCAGUUGCUACCAUUUGUCGACGUUUGCGGGGAAAAAACACGCACAAACCGCCAUGGAAACUGACGGCUCUCGUCAGGUGCUGACACAUCUACCCACCAACGGUUAUAUGGUUUUGUUUUUCCUAGCACUCUUGCCACUUUUCGCUGCACUUUUUUGGUGGGCUUACUACACACUACACCAUCACAAGGGUGACUUAAUCACCUUGCUCGAUCAGGAAGAGUGCCACAUAGAAUAUGGCAUCAAUGUGCACAUAAGCACCGGUGGCCAUUGGCAUGCUGGCACCACCGCCAAUAUCAUCCUAAUGUUUGCUUUGCCUCAAGGUACACGCAAAUUUGUUGUGUAUCAGAAUCCGCAGGAUCCUCAUCUCGUGCGCAACUCUACUUGCACGCUCCGUUUACCGCUAAGCGGUGAUGAUUUAGUGCAGCCGCUGCUGCUAAGCAUACGUCGUGACAAAUCCGGGCGUUAUCCCAGCUGGUAUUGCCGCAACAUCGUCAUUGAGGAUUACGCCAAUGAGGUGAUGUGUACCUUCGAAGUCGAACAAUGGAUAACCACGAAACCGUUAGUUUUGGAUGCAAAAAAUUUUCGCGAAGGCUCGCAAUCCUUCAAACGCAACUUUCGUAAUACGCUGGAGAGCCUCUUCAUUCAAUGGUAUUUAUUUCAGGCUCUCAUUGGUCCAUGGAAAUAUGGUGAAAUGCCCUUAAAUCGCUUUGAACGCACUUGUAUUUGGACCGUUAAAUUAGCCAUAACCAUUUGCAUUGUCAUGUCUUACAUGGGCACGACGACUUUGGAGACAUACGAGGAGGAGCGCGAGAAAUAUAAAAAUAUUGCUUAUGAUUCUGUUGAAAUAUUUUUUCUCUGUGUUUUUUCUUAUGUUAUUUGCUUUUUCGUUGAGACAGCACUUAAAGCUUUCAUUUGCCAUGACGAAUUGAAGAAUAAAGAGGAUGAUGAAAACUUGUCGAAGGAAGAAUAA